AUGGCGUACGUUGCGCCAGUACAUAGGGCCACGAGUGUCCGCCAUGCCCUGCGCAUGCGCUUCACCUCGCCAGACGAGUAUGAUCUCGUCAUUGCCAAGUCGAACCGACUCGAGAUUUGGCGUCCUUCGGAGGAGGGCUUGACAUGCCUCCAUACCCGAAUCGUCUACGGCACCAUAGCUAUGAUGCAACGACUGCAGCCAAAGGAUUCCGACACCGACUUGCUCUUCAUCGGCACAGAUAGGCAACAGUACUUCACAGUUGCAUGGAACCCAGACAAGAACAAGCUAGAGACGGUCAAGGAGAGCUCCGCCUACGAUGAAUCUGAGCCUUACAUGCGCCACUCGCAGAGCCAGAACCAGUGUCUGGUGGAUCCCACGGGCAAAUUCAUGGCUAUGCACCUGUGGGAGGGCGUCCUCAACGUCUUUCGUCUGCCUACCAGGGCGGGGAAUAGGACGAGGCUCCUUCAUCUCGCCCAAGUCCGCCUCAGUGAGCUGUGGAUGAAGGCCAGCACCUUCCUCUACAGCCGUGAUGGCCACCCUAGGAUCGCCUUCCUCUACAAGACUCGCAUAGACCAAGAGGACGCGCGGGUGGCAGUCUACAGGCUGACAAAAGACGACCAGGGGGGCGAUGUGUCCAGGUUCGACCCCGUCAGAGAUAGGGAGCAUGAUGAGACAAUCUCGGAUCCCUACGCGUCCAUGUUGAUACCCAUACGUGUGCCGGAAGAGAAGAGAUACCACAAGCGCUACAGCGAGGGGACGAGGGCACACCUGGGGGGCCUCCUCAUUGUCGGAGAGACGCUCUUGACGUACAUUGAUAGUCUCACAUACUCGACAGUCUCGUCCGCUUUGAAGGAGCCCAAGAUAUACGUCGCCUGGGCUGAGUACGAUGACACCAGGUACAUUGUGGCCGACGACUACGGAAGCCUUGAUCUCCUGACCAUCGAGGCCGAAACUGAACCGUCGGGGAUUAUUGUCACGGGGAUGAAGAUCGAACCUCUGGUAUUCGAAGACGGCACUACCACGACGUCGAGAGCCUCCAAGCUCGUGUACAUGGGGGAUGGUAUUCUCUAUCUCGCCUCCCACCAUGGUGAUUGCCAAGUUAUCCGUAUCGACGUGGACCUCAUGCGGAUGUCGAUAUUGAACAGUCAGCAAAACAAUGCUCCCAUCCUGGACUUUGCCAUCAUGGAUAUUGGUAACCGCGAGGGUGACAGCCAGGCCGGCAACGCCUUUUCUUCUGGCCAGGCCAGGAUCGUUGCAGGAUGCGGCGCGUACAGAGAUGGCUCCCUCCGAAGCAUCCGCAGCGGCGUCGGCCUGGAUGACACCGGGAUUUUGGACGACAUCGAGGGCUCCCGAGGGCUCUUCACGCUCAAGUCCCACGGAUCAGAACUCGUUGAUACGCUGGCCGUUUCACUGGUCAACGAGACGCGCGUAUUCAGGUUUGACCCAACCGGCGAGAUCGAAGAGGUCUACCAAUUUGCCGGCAUGCUGCUAGAUUCAGAGACAUUGCUGGCAUCGAGUCUGCCAAAUGGCCACCUGCUGCAGGUGACCCCUCAGUCUGUCAGGUUGCUCGAUCCGGAGGGCGGCAUUACUGUGUCGACGUGGGAAGCGCCGGAUGGGAAGACAAUCACAGCCGCCUCUGCCAAUGACACAUGGGCUCUUCUGUCCAUCGACGGUUCCAUACUCGUCUCGUUGAACCUAACGGAUAACCUUGCUAUGCAGACGCAGACGACAGACACCGAAACGGUUGGCGGGAUUCCAGACCAAAUGUCAUGCCUGCAUGCCUCUCCUGCUCAGGAACUAGGCUUCGUUGGCUGGUGGUCUUCGGGCACGAUAUCUGUCGUGGACCCGAAGACACUGAAGGCGAUUCAAGGUAUCACUCUGAGGCAGAGCGAUGAUAGUGCAUCCGUUCCCAGAGACAUUGUUCUUGUUCAGCUCCACCCUCCAGAGCGGGCUGGCCCGACGCUUCUCAUCUCCACAGAAGACGGAAACGUUGUAACGUUCGACGUGUCAAGAGAAGGUUUCACGCUUUCAGGCCGCAAGACGGUCACACUCGGAAGCAGCCCGGCACGGCUACACGUCCUCCCACAAGAAGAUGGGACGAACAACAUCUUUGCGACGACGGAGCACUCGAGUCUCAUAUAUGGCUUCGAGGGCAGGAUUAUCUAUUCAGCGACGACUGCUGACGAUGCAACCUAUGUGGCGCCCUUUAAUUCCGAGGCAUUCCCCGACGCCAUCAUACUGUCGACAAACAACCAUGUCAGGCUGAGCAAGGUUGACAAGGAGCGCCUCACCCAUGUCAAGUCGCUUCCAAUGGGCGAGACAGUCCGCCGAGUGGCUUAUUCGGCAAGCCUACGAGCCUUUGGCCUGGGUACAAUCAAAAAAGAGCUGGUGGACAGCGAAGAGGUGGUGACUAGCUCAUUCAGGCUUGUUGAUGAGAUUGUCUUUAAGGAGCUAGGUAAACCGUUGGCGCUCGAUGGUUCUACAGGUCUGGAGCUCGUUGAAUGCAUUUCCCGUGCGGAGCUUGUGGAUUCGAGCGGGAAGACUGCGGAGCGGUUCAUCGUGGGAACGAGCUACAUGCCAGAUGACGAGGCGACGGCGGCCGGGGACAAGACCCGAGGUCGGAUCAUCGUCUUGGGCGUGGACGAGAACCGCCAAGCCUACCGGAUUGUCAGCCACAAUCUCAAGGGUAACUGCCGAUGCCUCUCCGUGGUCGACGGGUUCAUCAUUGCGGGCCUAUCCAAGACAGUUGCCGCCUAUCGCUACACCGAAACGACAUCUGCUUCGGGUUCACUGGAGAAGCUUGCGGCAUACAGACCGGCGUCGAUGCCUAUCGACCUGGAUGUGUCGGGCAACGUGAUUGGGGUGUCGGAUCUCAUGCAAUCACUGACGCUGGUCGAGUUUACGGCACCGGCCGAAGGAAAGCCAGCCAAGCUUGAGGAGCUGGCGCGGCAUUACGAACCGGCCUGGUCAACAGCGCUGUGCCAUCUAGGCGAUGGCCGGUGGCUUGAAGCCGACGCGCAGGGGAACCUGACGGUCCUCAGACGCAACUCCGAGGCCCCCACGGACCAGGACCGUAGGCGGCUCGAAUUGAUCAGCGAUAUGAAUAUUGGGGAGCAAAUCAACCGCAUACGGAGGCUCUACCUAGCACCGUCGGACGACGCCGUUGUAACGCCCAAGGCGUUCUUGGGUUCGGUCGAGGGCUCUCUAUACCUCUACGGCGAAGUCUCACCCAAGUACCAGGACCUCCUGAUUUCGUUCCAGUCAAACAUGACGCGGUGCAUAGAGACGACGGGGGAUCUGAGCUUUGACCAGUGGCGAUCGUUCCGAAACCACCUGCGCGAGGGCGAAGGACCGUUCCGGUUCCUGGACGGGGAGAUGCUAGAGAGGUUCCUGGACAUGACAGAGAGCACGCAGGAGUUAGUGUGUGAGGGACUCGGGCCAAGCGUGGAGGAGAUGCGCAACAUUAUUGAGGAGCUUAGAAGGCUUCACUGA